AAAAAGAAAAAGAAAAAAAAUUAAAAGAGAAGAAACUCUCUCCCUCGACGGACUCUCCAACGCUUCCCUCCCAACUACAAAAACCAAACACAACUCUCCCUCUCUAACGCACCAAACAUAAGACUCUGUAUCUCUUGUUUCUGUCUCUGCUCCUUCGGAUCUCGAAAAUGCAGAGCACAGCCUUCACCUUCUCUCCUUCCCCCUCUCUCCUCAAACCACGACGCCUAAUUUCUUCUUCUUCUACUGCUACUUAUUCGCUUCCUCCUCGAUUCGAUCCAAUUCGCGCUUUCUCGUCUUCAAAACGAUACGAUCUCGACUCUAACAAUGUCGUUUUCCCUCGCCGAUCCUGGUCCUUGUCUUCUGCUUCCAACUCGUCUCUUUCACGGCCCUGGAACCCGUUGCCUCCCUUGGUCUCCGAGAGUAAAACGGAGCGUUUUGAAGUGAGAGCUACGGCUGUUCCAGAGAGUGCUGGCGAGGGAGACGAGAAGAGUAGUCUGGUCAAGACUUUAGAGCUUGGUUUGUUGUUUGGCCUUUGGUAUCUUUUUAAUAUCUACUUCAAUAUCUAUAACAAGCAGGUUUUGAAGGUAUUCCCGAAUCCAGUAACUGUUACUGCAGUUCAGUUUGCUGUUGGGACGGUAUUAGUUGUUUUUAUGUGGACUUUCAAUCUAUAUAAAAAGCCGAAAAUUAGUGGUGCGCAGCUUGCUAUGAUUCUGCCGUUGGCGGUGGUUCACACCCUAGGGAACCUUUUCACUAACAUGAGUCUUGGAAAGGUGGCUGUUUCAUUUACUCACACUAUCAAAGCUAUGGAGCCCUUCUUCUCGGUUGUCCUCUCCGCUAUGUUUCUAGGGGAGAUGCCUACCCUCUGGGUGGUUGGUUCCCUUUUACCAAUUGUUGGUGGAGUGGCGCUUGCCUCAGUCACCGAGGCCUCUUUCAAUUGGGCCGGUUUUUGGAGUGCAAUGGCUUCUAAUUUGACAAACCAAUCUCGUAAUGUCCUCAGCAAAAAGGUUAUGGUUAAGAAUGAGGAAUCUAUGGACAACAUUACUCUUUUCUCCAUCAUAACAAUCAUGUCACUUGUCCUAUUAGCCCCUGUGACUAUCUUCAUGGAAGGUGUCAAGUUUACUCCAGCAUACCUCCAAUCUGCUGGAUUGAAUGUUAAACAGGUAUACACCAGGUCUCUUAUUGCUGCGCUGUGUUUCCAUGCCUAUCAACAGGUUUCCUACAUGAUAUUGCAAAGGGUAUCCCCUGUUACACACUCAGUUGGUAAUUGCGUGAAGCGUGUGGUUGUCAUUGUGAGCUCCGUCUUCUUCUUCAAGACACCCGUCUCGCCUAUCAACUCACUUGGUACUGGCGUUGCUCUUGCUGGAGUUUUCCUGUAUUCAAGAGUGAAGCGCAUUAAGCCAAAGCCAAAGACAGCUUGAAGUUCCGGGGAGAGAUUCUGCUGUUACACUUGGGUCAUUAGAUGAUAGCAUCCAUAUUAUUGCAUUCAAGAACAUGUUUUGUAGAUCAGGCGAGGAACUCAUUUAGGUUUUUCUGUACUUUGGUUUUUUAUUUUUUUCCCCGGGCUGGUUUUACUCUCUUGUGAACACCCAAUCAAAAAUUUGCAGGGUGCAAGCAAGUUUGCCGUUUGUUGUCUCUGAAAGAACUUAUAGUUUUCCCCUUCUAUAUAUCCUGACUCAAGUCUGCCAAA